AUGGACAACGCGGGUCUAACUGGCCUACCGUCAACGUCUGUGCUGGAAUGCAGUAAGGAGUUAUUAGAUAAGGUUGUGGACUGUCAAGUGUUCGGGGCGAUAAACACUAUGCAGGUCGUUGCAAAGAAGAUGAUAGAGGCAGACAAUAUCAAGAAGUUUAUAGAAGAAGUGUCUCCUUUGGACAAACUGUUCACGUCGCGGACUCCGUGCGGGCGUCUGCCGGAGGUGACAGAAGUGGUUAUUCCAAUCAUGUACCUGUUGAGCGACAUGUCAUCCAUGGUUUCUGGAACCAAUCAGGUCGUGGACGGUGGGAUGCUCUACUGCUUCAUUACGCAACUCUGA